AUGCCGUGCCCGAUAAGCAUCACCAAGUUCGUCGGGACCAUUUCGCUCGGUCUGCUGACCGGAACAACAUACACUCUCACCACCAUUACUCUGCCCUCGCUUGCCCUCCUCCCGUCGGCGUCGCUAGCAUCACGCACGCUCGCCACCAUCCAGACCAAAUCGACCCGGCACAUCCUGACUUUGGCCUCCAUCUCCUCACUGUCGCUCAUUACGGCGUUCAGCCUCGCCUCUCCGCGCGGCCGGCACCCCUAUCUCCUCUACACCGCGCUCGUGGCGUUCAUUGGAGGCCAGGGCGUCGAAUACUGGUACAACGGCCUGUCACGGUUCCCGCGGGUCAGCCGGGGAGGGAAGAAAGCGUCGUCUUCAGCAGCAGGAUCUGCCUCCGCUAGAGUUCCCAGCCCGGGAGGCUCCGAUAGCAGCGGAUUCAUCGAAGUCGAGCCGCACGCUGGCGACGACCAGGUCAACGGAGAGAAGGUCGAGAUGGAGAUGGCCCGAGAGCGCAAGAUCCAGCUGGUCAGAAGUUGGAUUUCUGGCUUGGGCUUCGCCAUGGGUGUUGUGGGUAUCUGGGGCGAUGGGGCCUGA